AUGAGUCUGACCGAGAAAGACAAGACCACCGUCAAGGCCAUGUGGGCCAAGAUCGGCAAGUCUGCGGAGGUGGUUGGGGCUGAUGCUCUGGGCAGGAUGCUCAUCAUCUACCCGCAAACCAAGACCUACUUCUCCCACUGGACAGACUUGAAGCCCGGCUCUAAGCCCGUGAAGGAGCACGGAAAGAGGAUUAUUACUGCAAUCGGCCAGGGUGUGGCCAAGAUCGACGACCUGAACAGCGGCAUGCUGGAGCUCAGCGAGCUGCACGCCUUCCAGCUGAGAGUUGACCCGGCGAACUUCAAGCUCCUGAGCCACUGCAUCCUCGUGGUGCUGGCCGUCAUGUUCCCCAAGGACUUCACCCCCGAGGUCCACGUCGCCAUGGACAAAUACCUGGCUUGCCUGUCCCUGGCUCUCUCUGAGAGAUACCGCUGAGCUGCCCUCAGUGUGCCACACAAGGCCAUGUCACCCAUGCACGGUGGAAAAUG